UAGCGCCUACUUUCCUAAUGGCUAGCUGCGAAACACCAUAGCUCAACCAGUUUAACGCAGUUUGCGUGACAAUUUACUGCUGGAUCCGACUGGAAGACUGAAAAUUCAUAAACACACUGAACUUGGCGUGUUUUUAUCGCCUUACCAAGCCAUGUAGGUAGGACACGACGCGUUGAGGAGACACGUUAAUAAACAUUGGGUCAGUGUUGCGUGCUGGGGACUGCCACUUUCAACCAAAACAAUGUUGACAAACGACCUGUGGACACAUAUCAACAACCAGUCAUUUCAAGGAUGGAUGAAGGUGGAGUGAAGAAGAAAACAUAUAGAAGAGAUGACCAUUUAAGCAAAUUGGUCUACACUGAAAGUCCAGAGGAGGGAGGUCUGUUGAAAGUGGCUCCUCACAGUGCCAUGUCCAUCACCUCUGCCACCUCUGUUUUUCCAUCCAGUCCGUUGAUGCAGCCAGGACAGGUACCUAACGGUGUCAGCAACAGUCCCCUUCCAGAGGACGUCACCUCUGCCUCUGUCACUGCCACGGUAGGCCCCUUGUUGGAAGACUCGGAGCCCAGGGGCCUGACCAAAGAUCAGAGGCCUCAACAGCAGCCGCAGCAUCAGUUGCUUCAAACACAGACAUCCUCUUCAUUUGUGCGUCAAACCUUAGGGGACAGUUUGCCCCAGUUGGAGGCCAGUAUAGCAGACAUUACCCAGUCCUCUAUGGAUUCACUUAUUGGGGGGUCAGAUCCCAACUUCUUCCCCAUGAAAACAGAGGAUUUCUCCAUGGAUAAAGGAGACCAGGACCCCAUUGACCUCGACAAUGCCUUUGAUCACAUUGGGAAAGAUGUGGACAUGAACCAGAAGUUGUUCAGUGACAACACUCUGGACCUGCUCCAAGACUUCGGGCUCGCCGGGUCCCCCUCAGAGUUUUACGUAGGGGAUGAUGCCUUCCUGUCCACUCUGGCAGAUGAUUCUCUGCUUGGGGAUGUUGGCUCUGAGAGGGACUUAAAGCCAGCCGUUCUUGAGAGCACUAAUGGUAGUGGAGCAGUCUCUGUUGCUCUCAACGGCAGCAUUAUGACAAGUCCAGAUCAGUCCAGCUUGAGCAUAUCCACAGCUUCCCCCCAAACCUCUACAACCACUUUGUCUGCUUUGGUGAAGAAAGAAAAAGAUGCUGGCUUCAUUCAGCUCUGCACCCCAGGUGUGAUCAAGCAGGAGAAGACGUCUGCAGGCCAGAGUUACUGCCAAAUGAGUGGCACGUCCUCCACAGGCAUGCCUAACUCUAACCCCAUUUCCAUCUGUGGGGUCAGCACUUCAGGGGGACAGAGCUUCCACUUUGGAGUCAACCCCAGUAGCAGCGAAGCUCAGCAGCAUAAGGAUCAGAAGCCAGUGUCCAACCUGUACCUCCCAGUGUCACCCAUUGGUGGGUCCUGGAACAGAGGCCAAGCUAUUGGGGACAACGUGGCAGGGCAGAGGGCUGGUGAGGUUUUCUCAAGCUCUCCCUCCUUCCCCACCACCCUUGCCAGUGCUACCUCCAGACAGGAAGGGGGCACCGCUACAUCCUCAGCACAGGGAAAGAGCGGGACACACAAAAUCUGCCUGGUGUGCUCUGACGAGGCCUCGGGAUGCCACUACGGCGUUCUCACCUGUGGCAGCUGCAAGGUCUUCUUUAAGAGAGCAGUGGAAGGGCAGCAUAAUUACCUGUGUGCUGGGAGGAACGACUGCAUAAUAGACAAGAUCAGGAGGAAGAACUGCCCAGCAUGCCGCUUCCGCAAGUGUCUGAUGGCAGGCAUGAACUUGGAAGCACGCAAGACCAAGAAGUUGAACCGCUCAUUAAAGGGCACCCAUCUGAACAACCCGCCCGAGGUGACGACCCCCCCACCAGUCGAGCCUCGCUCCCUGGUACCGAAGUGCAUGCCUCAGCUCGUCCCCACGAUGCUGUCCCUGCUGAAGGCCAUUGAGCCGGACACCAUCUACGCCGGCUACGACAGCACCCUGUCCGACACCUCCACUCGCCUCAUGACUUCCCUGAACAGGCUGGGCGGCCGACAGGUCAUCUCCGCCGUCAAGUGGGCCAAGGCUCUGCCAGGUUUCAGGAACCUGCACCUGGACGACCAGAUGACCCUGCUGCAGUACUCCUGGCUCUUCCUCAUGUCUUUCAGUCUGGGCUGGAGGUCUUACCAACAGUGCAACGGCAACAUGCUCUGCUUCGCACCCGACCUCGUCAUCAACGAGGAGCGGAUGAAGCUGCCCUACAUGGCCGACCAGUGUGAGCAGAUGCUGAAGAUUUCCAGCGAGUUCGUCCGGCUGCAGGUUUCCCACGACGAGUAUUUGUGCAUGAAAGUCCUGCUGCUGCUCAGCACAGUGCCAAAGGACGGCCUGAAGAGCCAGGCGGUGUUCGAUGAGAUACGGAUGUCGUACAUCAAGGAGCUGGGGAAAGCCAUCGUGAAGCGCGAGGAGAACUCCAGCCAGAACUGGCAGCGUUUCUAUCAGCUCACCAAGCUGCUCGACUCCAUGCAUGAGAUGGUCGGUGGACUGCUCAGCUUCUGCUUCUACACCUUUGUGAAUAAAUCCCUGAGUGUUGAGUUCCCGGAGAUGCUGGUGGAGAUCAUCAGCAACCAGUUACCAAAAUUCAAGGCCGGGAGCGUCAAACCUCUCCUCUUCCACCAGAGAUGACUGUGACCCGUAACAGACACAAUGCCUUAAAAAUCCCACCACAUCACCUCACCAGCCCACCCCCCCCCCGCUCUACGCCCUACCCACCCACCACCUGACCCUGGAGAGCGACGAUGAAAGGACUGAGGAUCUGAGGCGAGGAGUGAAGGAUGUUUCUGGGAGCGAGUAUGCAACUUUGUGCAGUGGCUUGCAGGUCUGGAGCGAGAGAGUGGAAAGAGAGAAAGAGACUGGAGAUGUUUGUGUAGAAAACCAGACAGCGAGCACAGAGGUUUGGUUUUGUUGAGCAGUGUAAGAUGUAGAGUAUAACAACAAGUAGGAAAUAUUUGUAAGAUAAAAGAUAAUCACAAAGAGAAAUAGGCUAACAUCAAUGUCGUCUCAGGUUUCUUACCUUCAAAUACAGAACGAUAUCUAAAAUAGAUAAAACAAAUAUCUAUGUACAGGUUCUGAUAGUAUUUUCUACAUUUUCAAAUUGUAACAGUUUAUACAGUUUUCCAGGUCCUUGUUACCUUGGAAGGUAACAAAGCUUAAUUAAUAACAUGCUCUUGAAUAGGCUUUUAGACUGUAUGUUCCUCUUUUAGUUUUUAUAGCAGGUUGUAACAAAAUGUUUAUCAGUCAUAUGGGAAAAAAAAACAAGAAAUCUCCGAUCAUUUAAAAAGCAUAUUUCUGCUUUGCUUUGAUAGAUACUUUGGACAUACAAACCAAUUCUCUUGGCUUGUUAACCGACCAUUCAAAGGAUGAUUUCUCCCACAAGCUGACCUCUUCCAGGUUUACACACGUCUGUUAUAAAAAGGGAAAAAAAAGGUGCCUUUUUUGCUUCAAGUAUCAUCUUAGCCAUUUUCUUCCUACUUGUCCAAGGCGUGCUUCUCUUUAACCCACCAUGGUCUUCCUUCAUCGUAGAUUGUACUUUUUAUAUUACAUGCAGUUUUCCUGUUUUGUUUUUUGGGGUUUUUCUUUUCUUCCAGUGACUGUGUUCAUCUUUAGAAGUGGCAGCUCGGUCCAUCCUCCGUGUGUAGAAAUGAUCCUUAUCGCUGAGAAAGAACAUUCAAAGCCUGCUUCCUUUUGACGCGAUCUCCACACAUUUAAACUCCACACUUAAGUGCGAUUCGAGCACUUUGAACCCUGUUAAAAAGGCUGACUGAAGAAAGACUGUUAUCCUGUACCAGUCUUUACCAUAUGCCUAGAUGGAAUUUACAACUUUUUCUAUUAGGAAAUAGCUUUGAUGUUUUACCCCCACUCCCACUCCUGCCCUAAUAAUGUAAUAAUGGAAUGUGAUAGAUUCAUGCGUCUACCAAUCAGAAAUGAGAGGGCAUAUUUUAUUGUGUUUGCAAGAUCAUGUCAUUUUUAAUUCAUCAGGAAAACGCCAUUUUUCUGUGGAUCUGCCACGGCUCAGACUGGUCGGAAAAUACCCGUCCUUCAUCUUCCUAAGUUCGUUUAACAGUCUGUUUUGGAAAACUGACAAAGAUGCAGUCAUGAUUCUGCCACGGAUGAUCCUUCUCGGACAGUGUACCCACGCUCUCGAUGAAAACGUGUUAUUGAAAGCUUAUGCAUUGCUUUCGUUGCGUUGCUGUUAUGUGUUAAAGGAAUAGUUUAAACAUUUUGGGAAAUAUGCUUACCUGCUUUCAUGCCAAGAGUUGAGAAGAUCAGUACCGGUGUCAGAUCUGUACAGGAAAUGUGACGCUGGAGUCAGCCGUCGGUUAGCUUAGCUUAGCUUAGCAUAAAGACUGGAAACAGAGACACAGCUAGUCUGACUCUGUCCACUCUCUACCAGCAGCUCUAAACCUCAAAAAUUAUCACAUGAAAAACAUAUUUUUAAAAAAACGACACCGUCUUCUGGAUGUAGCUUCAUAUUCAUUGUACAGACAUGAGCGUGGUGUGUGAGGAAGCCUGUUUCCCAACAUGUUGCACUGUUCCUUCAAAAUGAAGAGUUUGUGUGAUGGACAGCUUGUUUAAACUGCACUUUGGAUCAGAUGUCGGCAGAUUCAUUUCCCUCUGAACCCCCCCACAGCUGCUGAUAACCUCGGACACCUCCGGUUUAACCCUCCUGCUCCAUUAAUGCCCCGUAGGCACCUUGUCUCAAUGUCUGUGUGUCCUUUAGUACUUUUUGCACCUUUGUCUUUGUUUGUUCGUCUGCUAGUUAGUUAAACCCCAAAUGUCUGAAAGCACUUAGCAUCAGUCACCUCAUAGAGUCACGCCACAGUGAAAGUGUAGUGUCACUGAGUGGGGAGACAGGCAAAAUGGAUCCUUUAUUCUCUGGGAACUAUUUCAGUGCCAAACUCCUGUUUUGUCUGUUUUCAGUGAUGCUGAAAGUUGGUCAGUGUUCGUAUCAGAAGAGGAAACUAAUCCCAGCAUUGAAGCUCAUUCAUUUGAUGAACAGAGAAUCGAUUGAGGUUGUUAUUAAUGAGUGACAACUGAGCUUUAUUUGUAACACAAGGCGCUCACACAUGUGUUGUGUAAUCACGCAGAGUAACGUAGGUCUGGCAGUGCAACCCCAUCUUUGUGUGCAGUGUAAGUAAGUGGGAAUUUGUGUUGUAACAUUGUUCAUCGGUGGAAAGCUGUCUGCUCGGUUUUGUCAUCAGCGCAUUUCAUAACACCGACAUGAUGCUUGUGUUUGAAAGCACAAAAUAAUCCAGGUUUUGACAUGAAUGUGAACCUUUAAGAGGAAUUCCUUUAGUUUAAAACAAAUGUUACUGCUCUGUGAGUUAGAAAUGAUUGGAUAAAUAUGUAAAAGCAAGCGACUACAGAACGCUCGCUGGUGCAUUUCAAGUUGGAAAAAAAUGUUCUCUCUCGCUGAACUGUCCCAACAACAGAUGUAAAAGCACUCAUAAAUUUUAAGCCACUCCCACGCUCAGGUCGUUAAAACUAUGUCUGAUCCACACAGUACGUCCUGACAUCAAGAACCAAAAAAAGAAAAAAGAAAAACAUUCACCCAAACAUUUUGGAUUCUCAAAAUGUGUCUACUUCUGUGAUCCACGGUGUAUUUUUGUCAGAGGAAAAAAAUAGGAAAAAAAAAUGUACUUGACAGAUUAGGAAAGUUUCACGAAUGUUCUGCCACCGUUGACAUUCAUACCCAGGCUCAGAAAAAGGACACUUGUUAUUUUUCUUUCUAAGGUUUAUUCACAAACAAACAAACAAAAAAACUAACUUCAUUAACAGCAUAGGGGUCACUCAUGGGUUACUUUCACAUUCAGUGUAUCCAAAUCUCUGCUGCUGCUGUUGCUGCUGCUGCUGGCCAUUUAAACAGGUAUAUAUACGUAUAUUAAAUCACACACUUGCCUCUUCUUGCUCAAAAAUGUAUCCUUGCUUACUGUCUUGUACAUUUUUGAGGAGGACAACUGAAUAUGCAAUAGAAAUAACAGAUAAUCUAUCACCAUCACAUAACAAGAUGUGGUUGCUUACAUUUUUUCUUUUAUUUCCUGACCUUUUUUUUAUUUUAUUUUUUCCUCCAAUAUAAGCUAUUUGCAUACAGGAGAUUCAUAUUGAACUUCAGGAAAAGAUACACUUAGUCAGUAAACAGUCCACCCAGACUGCACAAAAAAAGCCUAUUUGAUGUUUGACUACAAGGUGACCAAAGCAAGUCAACAUAAUGUCAGUGUAAACUAAGUAGCUCAUAGAAGACAAAUGUACAGUUCUUUUUUUUUUCCUAAAAAAAAAAAAAACAAGACUUUUUUUUUUACUCUAACAUGAUGGCUUUGGUCAAAUUGUGUAAUACUGUGAAUAGGAUAGGAGUCAGUCUUUUUCACACACAAACUGUUUGUGAAAGUAAUCAACCAGCUUGAAUCUAAAAAGAUUUGCACUACCCAAAUAUUGUUUGAAAAUCUAUUUUGUAUAAAAUAUAUGCAGACAUUAACUUUUGAACUAUCAAGGGCAGAUCAUGUUUCACUGGUGUAUGCUUUCUCUAAGGAAAAAAAAAGCUUUGUUUUGCUUAAAAAAAUCAAAUAUGUACAUAUAAUCCAUUGUAAAGAAAAUGUGGUGUGUUUGUCUCCAAAUAAUAGUUUUUCUAUACCUCUCCUCUGUAUUAUUUCUCCUCUGUAGUGUGAGUCCUGUUGAUCUUUUUCCUCCAUUGAUUAAAGGUCGAACUGUAUGUCUUUGUGUGGUACUUCUCAAAACAAGGAACUGUAAGCUGAUGUUUUGCCAUGAUAUUAACUCGAUGAUUAUGAACAAUGGAAACGGUAAGCUCGAUGUAAGCCACUUUUCAUGAUCACAGCAAGGCACUUGUUCAUCAAAUAAAUGCGCUUUUCCAUU